AUGGUCGUAGAACGGAGCCACGACAAAUCUAAACAUUACCAUACACUAACCGACCACCAGUGCGACCUGAAGCGUCCCGAGUGCGGACAAUGCACAGACAGAGGUCUUGUUUGCGGAGGUUAUGAUCGUGACCGCGUUUUCGUAGUCCAGAACAUAAAAUUUGGACCCUCAGCGGGAGAAGACAAUGCUGGGGCGAUCGAACGUAAAAGCAGGGACAAGAAACGUACACAGCAACUGGAUUUCUUGAUUCCCGGCUAUCCUUGCCUAGAGAAUGAGGGAUUCCAGAUCGGCCGCCGUAGCCAAAUCGUUCUACCGCCCUCCCUGGCGCGGACUGCCUACACCCAGAACAAUAUGGGCCUUUAUCUCGACAUGUACCUGCCCUCCGAGGAGCCCAGUAAAGGCAAAGUCCUGGGUUUAGGAUGGCCCAUCUUCCUGAAUGACCUGUACCUCGAGGACGAAGCGUUGCGCAUCGCCCUUAUAGCUGUCACUUCUGCAGCGGCAGGACAAGCUCAUGGCGAUAAAGCUCUUAUGGAGCGAGGGAAACGGCUCUAUGGCUGGAGUUUGUGCGAGUUGACAAAAGCUCUGGCCAAUGAGAGGAGAGCGAAGAGUCAUGCCCUGUUGGCUGUUCCCCGAGUAAUGGGAUUGUUUGAGAUCUUGUUUGGAGCAGACUUGGAUCUGAGAAUCCAAGCAGAAAGCUGGCACAGCCAUGCCGCGGGCGACCUAGCAUUGAUGAAAGCACGGGGCCCCGAAGCGUUCAAGUAUGGAAUCGCGCACUCUCUUUUUGCAGAGGGGAGAAUGAAUCCAAUUAUCUCCUACUUGGGAUUACGAAAGGCGAUAAUAUUGAAUUCGCCCGAGUGGAAAACAAUUCCCUGGGAGGAAAUUGCCAAAACCCCAAAGGACGCCCUCCUUGAUAUCCUCGCUGCUAUUCCCGAGCUUCUGGAGGAGUUCGACAAGAUAAUCAAAUCUAGCUACGAAGAGAGCAGCCCUCGUAUACAUGAUCUACUAGACCGAUGUCGAAGGCUAGAAGAAGAGCUGGAUGGAUGGUACGCCCACAACCUCGAUAACAUAACCGAACCCAAAACAGAGGUCCCAGAGCACAUGAAUUUCCCCGAUUUGGCCAAUGCGCAUCUAUCAGUCCUGAGCUGGACGGCCUACGUGCUACUGUAUCAAGUCAUGAAUAACUUGAGUCCGCUGGUGAUGUCGCCAACUUCUUUGCAAUUCCCUCCACGCCAACCGUUUCGCAGAACCGGGAGGUUUUGGGCUCGCCGCAUUACUCGAGCUGCAGCUUAUUUCUUCAGACCCUCUUCGGGAAUAUGGGGCGCGGUUAUGAUAUCUUUUCCGACAGGAAACGCGCUGCUAUGUCUACGACUAAAUACAGUAGAGGAGGAUAAUGCAUACAACUCUCUUGUAUUUCAAUCUUGGGCGGAUCCGAAGCUACCAACCAAUAUCAAGUCUUUCCUGCUCAGCAUGCGGAAAGCCAUGGACGAAAGAAGAGGUUCCAAAUGGGCCAAACGAGUAAACUGA